UCUCCUCUUGUAGCAGGACGCUAUAACUCCGAGGGCCCGUGUCUAGUUCACAUACCGUAACAUCUAGACUGAGUAUAAGACUCGGCCAUAUUUCCUUGUUGUUAUCUCCUUUCUUCAUUCCUAUCUUCAGCCAUUUAUACCCCCUUGGCUCCACCGCAGACCUCAUUCUCUGAGUGUUCUCAUGGUAUUCCCUCUUCGCAUAUCUGAAUUAUCAUAUAUUACGAGACCAUGGUGAACGCCAAAUCCGCCCUCACCUUUCUAGGCGGUGCUUCCUUGACUCUGGCUCAGGCUUCCUACCCGUCUCAUCCUUUCUAUGUGUCUCAUCCCGACAGAGCUGAUGCCGUCAAGGCAGCUUUCCAGCGUUCUUGGGACGGAUAUUACCAAUAUGCGUUCCCUAAUGACACCCUGAGACCUAUCUCAAAGGGGUACCAGAAUGACCGAAAUGGAUGGGGAGCUAGUGCAGUUGAUGCCAUUUCUACGGCUCUAGUAAUGGGAAAUGCAGAUGUUAUCAACGAGAUUGUGGACCAUAUCCAGACCAUCAACUUUAACGCCACUGCUCCUGGUUCGGAAAAUGUCUCCGUAUUUGAGACUACUAUCCGUUACUUGGCCGGUCUCCUCUCAGCAUAUGACUUCCUAUCUGGUCCUCUAAAACAAUACGCGAAAGACCAGGCUUCUGUCGACAAGAUUCUUGAGCAGGCAAUAACUCUAGCUGAUAUUCUUAGCGUGGCGUUCGAAACGCCCAGCGGAGUUCCUAUUAAUACGCUAAUCUACAGCUCUGACGGCUAUCAUGUUGGUGGUGAUUCUACCAACGGUAUUGCUACGAUUGGAACUUUGGUGCUUGAGUGGACUCACUUGAGUGACAUCACUGGAGAUGAUAAAUAUGCCAAGCUGACACAGGUUGCUGAGGACUACCUUCUCAACGUGCGCAACCCGGAUGUAGGCGAGCCUUACCCUGGGUUGAUUGGAACCAAUGUCAGGGUUUCCGAUGGCACUUUCGCAGACUCGAGCGGUGGUUGGAAUGGCGGCACUGACUCAUUCUACGAGUACCUCAUCAAGAUGUAUGUCUACGACCAGGACCGUUUCGGUUUUUACAAGGACCGAUGGAUCGCCGCUGUCGAUUCGAGCAUCGAGUUCCUGGCCUCUCAUCCCACCAGUCGUCCCGAGUUGACGUUCCUUGCCGCCUAUGAUGGGCGCGACAAGCUCGACUUCGUGUCUACGCAUCUCGCAUGCUUCGACGGCGGCAGCUUUAUUCUUGGCGGACUGACUCUUGACAGCCCCAAGUAUAUAAAGUUCGGACUCGACCUUGUGAACGCGUGUCACGAGACCUACGUCGCUACUGCCACAGGUAUCGGGCCGGAGGUUUUCAACUGGCAAGACAGCAAGGUGGCGGCCAAUGCUAGCAACAACAGUCCGCCUCCUAAGGACUCUGCCGAAUUCUAUAAGACCGCCGGCUUCUGGAUCCCGCCCGGCGGCGGGAGCUACGUGCUGCGCCCCGAGGUCAUCGAGAGCUUCUACUACGCGUACCGCGCGACUGGCGACUCCAAGUACCAGGACUGGGCGUGGGAGGCAUUCCAGAACAUCAACGCGACGUGCAGCGCCGGCGUCGGGUACAGCUCCAUCCAGAACGUCAACGUCGUUGGCGGCGGCGGCUUCGACGACUUCCAAGAGAGUUUCUGGUUCGCCGAGGUGCUCAAGUACAGCUAUCUGAUCCAGGCCGACGACGCAGAGUGGCAAAUCAAUGCCGCGCACGACAACACCUGGGUUUUCAACACCGAGGCGCACCCUUUCCUCGUCAAGGGUGAACACAUCUAGACUUGACGCUAGGUUUACCGCAAGUAGACAGGUGAACACUACUCUUGCAUUGGGUCGGCGUUAAUUGGAUAAUUCGUUUGCAUAUAUUUUUUGGUGUCACUAUUUAUUAGGCAAUAUAUUAUCUAAUUCCAAAUACCUGGUGCGGCUGAAUGUUACAUCUGUUUGACGACGUGUUACUUACAUGUCUCUCCCUACUCUAACCCGCAAUCCCGUAUUGAUACUGAUGUUACCAGCUCACAAGCUUAAAUGUCUA